AUGCCGAGAUCGCCGAGCUCGGAGGUGGGCAGCGCGGCGCGGAACACGCGACUGGAGGUGAUAGUGACACGCCGCGCUGUCAUCGAGCCCGGUCAGCUGCUGGUGACCACCAGACAGCCCGCUCAGCUGACCUGUCACGUGACGCCGCCCCUGGCAGCCAGCGACAUCGUCUGGUUCAAGGACGGCCGCCGUCUGCCCGCCGCCGCCAGCCGGCCGGCUCUGCAGCUGACCGGCGGCAACCGCUCCGUGGCCGGCAUGUACCAGUGUCACGUGACCGAUGACCUCGCCACCACCCAGGUCAGCAUCGGAGCGUUGCCGGCUCGGCUGCUGUUGUCGCUGGUUCAGCAGACGGUGCAGCCGGUGGUGGACACUGCGGUCACAUUCACCUGUGCGGCCACCUCGUCACCGCCGCCGGCUGUCACCUGGACGAGGGACGGCGUCAGCGCCGACCAGCUGGGCGGCAGGUUCCACGUCCAGGACAGCACCUCUGGAGUUAAGGACGUCACUAACUUUUCUGGCGGCGGCAGCGGAGAUAUCAUUGCUCCGUCUGCGGCGUGGAUGGCCAGCCGGGUGGUAGACUCUGUGGUGCCGGCCGCGCUGUGGGCGCUCACCAACAGCUGGUAG